CACUGCUCCUGCUCUUCUCACUGGCCCCUUGCUCUUACUCUUCCUCGUCCAUACAUUACAGUGUUUGUCUUUUUCUGUUUCCAAAAAUAUCACUCUUCAAAGUCCUCCUUUUACUGUAUUGUAUAAGUGUCAAUGUAAUAGAAAAAAAAAUAACCCCUGCGAUUGAGUCUAAGCCAGAUUGGAAUCAGCUGUGGUUGGCCCAAUUUACACAACAUAAAUCAGCUAAGAUAAAUUGUUUUUGAACUGAUAUCAUUGCAAAGGCAGAGGUUUUUAUACUGUAUCUAAGGUUUGGAACAUUGUUUUUGCUAUUGUGGGAUGUUGUGUGUUAACAUUUGUAAAUGCUACAAAAACGAUCCAUAAUUUUGUUGGGAGGUAUAGCUUGUCUGUUCAGAAAAUGUAAGCAUUGUGGAAAUGUGUUCAAUGACUCCAUAUUGUGUGAAAACGACAUGAAAUGUGUGAAUGGUAUGGCCACAAUAGACAGAUGCUGUGCUAAUUGUGUUUAGAGUUUUGAAAAUAUGACAACUGCUUGGACAAAUACUUGUUAGCGACUGAAAACAACUGUAAUAGAAAAUAAGAUGUCUGUUCAAGAGAUCUAGGUUGCUCAUUUAGACAGUUGUGAGCUCUUGUUUACAGCAGACCUGCACGUUUUGAAUAUUCAUAUUUGUAAUCCUCUUAAAAGCUUUAUGAUGUGGUGUUAUUUCAGAAAAUUAAGUACACGUUGGGUACAUUUUUUUUACAAACCAGUGCACUUACUGGUUUGAAAAUCUUAAGAAUGAUUCAAGAAAUUAUAUAUCUAUGUAUCUCUCUCUCUCUCUCUCUCUCUCUAUAUAUAUAUAUAUAUAGAGAGAGAGAGAGAGAGAGAGAGAGAGAAAAGGUUAUAGUCAUACAAAAGAACAAAAGUGUUUAAAAGAAUCAUGAAUUAAGCUGGCACGUUUAAAUGUUUGUUUACAGAUUUAUUAGUUCUUACUUUGAUUUUCAACUAUAGCCCUAGCUGAGAUCUGCUUCUGCUGCUCAUACUGUGAUCAGCCGCCCUUCCCCCACAGCACUCUCUGAUCGCGCGCGCGCCCUUCCCCCACAGCACUGUCUCUGACUGACUCGCUGCAGAUGAGAUGAAUGAAUGAACUAACAAAAGUCUUGUGAGCUCUAGUUUACAGCAGACCUGCACGUUUUGAAUAUUCUUAUUUGUAAUUCUCUUAAAAACUUUAUGAUGUGGUGUUAUUUUAUAAAAAUAAGUGCACAUCGGGUACUUUUUGCUCUUUUAAACCAGUGCAUGUACGGACAUGCGCACUGGUUCGUAGUUUGAGGUGGGUGCUCGGUUAAAAAGUGAUCAUGUGCUCUGUCCACUAGAAAGACUAACUUCAUCACAUUUUUUUUUUAAGUUUGAAGAAACAGUACUGUGGUUAAAACAAAUAUCAUUGCCACCAGAUAAUUUUCUAUUAGGCCAAAUAAAUGUAGUCACAAUUUCAACGUGAAAUCCAAAUACGUAACUACGUCAUUUACGCAAGUCAGCGACGGUGGUGUUUUCCCGGGAAAUGCAGACACGUGACGAUGGAACGCGCGAGGCAGACGACAAACAACCCACCAGGAGGAAAGUCAUUUCAAGAAAGAAAGUCGCCAUGCUGGGAAAUAAAAGACGUAGGAAACCUCUGCAGGAUGCUGAGCAUCACAUUACCUGUAAAACUGACAAGCCUGGGCUUCGAGAGCAGUUCAUCAGCAAAUAUAAAGGGCGUGGAGUUUUCACCACUGGAGCUUUUUUCAGAGGUGAUUUUGUUCUUGAAUACAGAGGUGAACUUCUGAGUUCACAGGAGAGUCUGGACCGAACUGAACACUACACUGAAGCUGAGAACACGUUCCUGUUUGAUUUUCAGUGGCAUGGCAAAAAUUGGUGCAUGGAUGCAUCUAAAGAAGACUCGUCUUUGGGAAGACUUGCAAACGAUGAGACCAGAAAUCCUACUUGCAAAAUGAGAACCGUUGAAGUGAGCAGAAAACCUCACCUGUGUCUGUUUGCUGUACGAGACAUUCUACCAGGAGAGGAAAUCACUUACAAUUAUGGAGACUCAGAUUGGCCAUGGCGAGUCAAGCCUUUGAAUAAAGCAUCAGCAGAAUCCACUGAUAAAAAGCCAGUCAGCAGUUUGCGCCUGCAUAAAUCCGUAAGUCCACUUUAAAACAUCUGUAUCAUUAUUCUAUAUUAUUGACUCUCUCAGCAUAGAGUUGUGUGUGGAAUGAUAUAUAAAGUAUAGGACAGCUAGAGGAAUGAACAUUAACAAGUUUUUUUGUCCUUUACAAAUAUUCUGAUAUUUUGAUAUUCAUUGGUUUCUUUUCUGACAUCUAGCCCCAUUGUGCAGCUUCUGUUUCCUCUCCUGAACUGGACAAGGUAAACAGCAAUGGUCCUCAUAAGCAGUCAGGCAAAUCAAGAACAUCAAGGAAUAAAACG